UGCCUUGUGUACGCAUUCCUCCGCCCCGCGAUGGGUCGGUCACUCUCCCAGAGACUGUUGACUAUCACAGAAGGCAUCACCCUGACAGACCCUUCUUCGUUUUCAAUGCGGACGGCAGUCCUGACAUCACUGAAAUCUCCUAUUUCGAGUUUGCCCGCGCAACUGACCGAGUAUCCCACUAUCUGAGACCCGGUCGACAAGGACCAGAGAAGCAGGUGGUUGCUCUCAUCGCCCUCUCGGACAGCCUGCUCUACCAGGCUGUCUCCUUGGGUAUCAUGAGGGGCGGUAUGAUUGCAUACCCGAUGUCACCUCGAAAUACUGCAGCAGCAACAGUCAAUAUGAUUAAAGAAACCGAUUGUCACCGCCUGAUCACAACACGCGAGACUUUGCGCCCUCUCAUCGACGAAGUCGAGAGUCUGUUGGCUGCUGAUUCCUAUGAAGUCUCUAUCGAAGAAGCCCCUCCUCUCCUGGAGAUAUUCCCUCAACUCGGCCACGAGAAGGAGGAGGACCCUUGGGAACCCUAUCCAUCCGCACCUCGCCCUCCUCUUGACGAUGUCUUGGUGUACCUUCAUUCCUCCGGCAGUACUGGGUUCCCGAAGAGCAUUCCUCAUACAUACAGAGCCAUAGUCCAUUGGGCCACCUUCCGGCCUCUGACGGAUAUCCGCGAUCACAAGGUCCAAAUUCGGUCUGCCGGCAUGGCCCUGCCGUGCUUCCACACCAUGGGCAUGGUCUCUCACCUGCUCACUGGGCUGUAUGCAAUGGUUCCGAGUGGACUGUACCCUCCGAUCGCGACGACGCCCAAAUCUCUUCCAGUGAUGCCGACUCCGCAGAACAUUCUGGACCACCUCGUCCGAACCAAGUGCAAUGCGAUCAUCAUCCCGCCGGCCAUCCUCCAAGUCUGGGGUAACGACCCAAAGGCAGUGGAACUCCUUGCUACCUUGGAAUACGUUGCCUUUGCGGGUGGUGCUGUACCACCGAAACUUGGGAACUACAUGGCUGAGCAGGGCGUGUAUCUGACGCAAAUAUAUGGAGCGACGGAAUUCGGUACCCCAACCCAUUUUUUCCGCAAGGAAGGCGACGAGAUGGACUGGGAGUACAUUAGCUUCUUCGAGGAUAUCAACCUCCGCUGGGUUCCUCAGGGCGAUGGAACGUUCGAGAGCCAGUUCUUGGCCUGCGAGAAGCAUUGCAUCUCUAUCGAGAAUCUUCCGGACGUGCGAGGAUAUUCCACGUCUGACCUGUGGAUCCCCCACCCAACGAAGCCAUACUUUUGGAAGAUGGUUGGAAGGCUAGACGAUGUGAUUGUUCACACUUCUUCAGAGAAGACCGUGCCUGCGCCAAUGGAGGACGUCCUCAUGAGCAGCCCCUAGUUCAUGGGUGUCGUCAUGUUUGGACGCAACCAUGAUCAAACUGGCGUUCUUGUCGAACUCAAGCCCCAGUAUGCGAUUGACGUCAACAACGAGGAAGACGUUGUCAAAGCACGCAACAUGAUCUGGCCGAUUGUCGAGGCAGCGAACAAGGUCGGGCCGGCGUUCAGCAGGAUCUUCAAGGAGAUGAUUCUGUUUGUAUCCACAGACAAGCCUUUGCCUCGUGCUGGGAAGGGCACCGUCAUGCGCAAGGCUGCAUUGAGGGCGUAUGAAGCUGAAAUUGAAGACGUGUACGCCAAAGUCGAGGCUACUGUGAAGGUUGACACAGUCACGCCGCCUGCCUCAUGGACCAAGGCCGACACCGAGGCAUGGCUCAAAGCUCAAUGUGAAGACAUCCACUCUGACAGGAAAUUUUCGGUCUCAGGCGACCUAUUCGAGCAGGGCAUGGACAGUCUCAGUGCCACCAUUCUUCGCCGCCGCAUCGUCGGUGCUAUGCAAUCCCACAGCAUUGUCCAGAAAGCCGCUAAGCUUGUCUCCCAAAUCACCAUCUACGACCACCCUUCGAUCGCCAAGCUCGCUGCUUUCCUUGACGGCGUCGUCGUUGACCCCGCCAACUUCGUUGUCACGAUGAGCAGGACGGAGGCGAUGGAGCAGAUGAUCGCGAAGUACUCGACGGGAUUGACUCCGCUUGCUGAAGCACAGGAUGCGCGCAAGCCGAUCAAGGAUGUCGUCGUGCUUCUGACUGGAUCGACUGGCAACCUAGGCUCGCAGCUGCUCGAAGGUUUGAUUCGCAACAAGAAGGUCAAGAAGAUCUACACGCUUACUCGACCUGCGGCGAGCAAGUCUGUGAAGGAGAGACAUGCUGAGCGAUUUGUCGACAAGGGCUUCGACGUCAGCCUGCUUUCAUCGGGGAAGAUUGUGUUCUUGGAGGCAGAGGCAUCUCAUCGACACCUAGGCCUGAAGAAAGAUGUAUAUGAAGAGGUACGCAACUAUGUCAACGUCAUCAUCCACAACGCAUGGAAACUCGAUUUCAACCUCUCGCUUUCAUCUUUCGAACCCAAUGUGCAAGGCACUCGGAAUCUUGUUGAUCUAGCUCGGGCAAGCGAUCAUGCAUCAUCCCUCAAGUUCCUCUUCACGUCGUCCAUCGCCUCCGCUUUUUCAUGGGAUCGAAACCUUGGUCCAUAUCCUGAGGAGGUUGUCCAAGACCCGAAGUAUGCUGUAGGCAACGGCUACGGAGAGAGCAAAUAUGUGGCAGAGAGGGUCAUCGCAAUCAGUGGUCUGCAAGCAACUUCGUUCAGAAUUGGACAAAUAUCUGGGGGCAGACCAAAUGGAGCGUGGGCAGCAUCUGACUGGGUGCCCAUUUUCAUCAAAUCAAGCAUUCAACUGGGUGCUCUUCCUUCAGCCAUUGGCGUUGCCUCAUGGCUUCCAAUGGACGCCGUCUCACAGACUAUAAUCGACAUCGCCUUCGCUAGUGGGAAUGCUCCAGCUCUCAACAUCGUACAUCCCUACCCCGUCACUUGGGACUACAUCAUUGCGGCUCUCAAUGAGGCUCUCGUCCAGGAGGGCAUUGUCAGCCAGAAACUUUCCAUCGUCGACUUCCAGAGCUGGUUCUCUCGCCUUGAAGCGAAGUCCCAAGAGGCUGGUGAAAAGGAAAUCAACGACAUUGCCGCGAUCAAAUUGCUUCACUUCUUCCGCGUCAUGUCUCAAGUCGACGUUAACCUCCGCCAACAUAGAAAUGAAAAGGUCGAAAGCGGUGGAUUAUCUACUUUCUCCACUGCCAGAAUUCAAGGCAUCAGCGGCACGAUGAAGGAGCUCCCUCCUGUCAGCCACUCCGAUGCUGCCUUGUGGAUCAAAUAUUGGAAGACUGCCGGCUUAUUUCGGGACUGAG